AUGCAAGAGUUCCGAGCUCGAUUACCGCCACGGCCACCGCCACGACGCCAUCCCCGGGUUCACUUUAAUCUCGGACGUAUACAGCCGGAGCAUCUGCAUCCGCCACUACGACCUGUACCUGAAGAUCCGACACGCGAUGCGAUUAUGAAGCAAAUCGUUGAGCGUAUCAAUGCGGCCGAAAAGGAACUGUCGUGCAAUAAGAGCGAAACAAAGGAAAAAGUUACUAUGAAGCCGGAUUCGAUCACUGACGCACGAAUUGAGCACGAGAAACAGGUUCUGAAUGAUCUCGAGAGAUACUUCGAAAGUGUAGAGAAUAACCGUCCGGACAAAAGCUACUGGGAAGGGAGGGCAGGGCAGCUGCAACGUGAUCUCAAUAACUGGAUUGAGCGUAACGAGACGGAACUGGAGGAGAUUGAUUUGCUGGAAAAGAAGGUUUUGGAGCGUCGCCAAGAACUGAUUAGUCAAAUGGCAAUAGUGGAGCGUAUGUUUGGAGAAAUAAAAUCACUUCCGGAUGAUGAUCUGGACCAUGACAGUGAUCUGGAAACAGCCAUUGAAACGCUAGACAUUUGCUCGACUCAAAGCUCAGUCCCUAGCCGUGAGACUGACGAUGAAGAGGAGGGAAUGGAAGAGGAGGACGAGGAGACAGAGGAGGAAGAGUGUGAUGACUAA